CAAAUUUAAUGUGUUCAGUAGCGCAUCGCAUUAGCUUUCGCGCAAUUUUAAAGCAUAAUGUUAUUUUGCGCAGUUUUAUGCAUUCCCAGGGCGGAGUGGGUGCCAUAUGGGGCGUCAUCGAAAGCGAAUGGCCGAAGGACAAAGAAAAAACAAGAACACGUUGCUUGAGCACAGCGUCAACAACGACAAAGCGCGACUUUCUUAACAAUCCAACGACACUAAAAACUGUGAGUGAUUUCCAAGCGCUCUACGAAGCAACAAAAAAGAAAUUUCAAUCUAAAAAGCUACCCGUCGAUGUCCACCCAGAUGCGGUUUUUGCGUGCAAUGAGCUUGAUUUGAGUGAAGUGCAGGUUUAUGGGUUCGACUAUGACUAUACACUGGCUUGCUAUAAGCCAAUACUGGAAUCCUUGCUGUACAAUUUGGCUAGCGAGAUGCUCGUCAAGCGUUUCAAGUAUCCUGAUGAAAUUCUGGAGCUAGACUACGAUCCUACGUUUGCGGUGCGUGGACUACACUAUGACGUUGAGAAAGGUCUGCUGGUUAAAUUGGACUCAUUCUUGCAGUUGCAAUUGGGAUCUGUGUACCGCGGUCGCACAAAAGUCCCUGAGGAAGAGGUGUUAAAACUCUACCAUAAUCGCUUGUUGCCCAUAGCAUACGUCGAAGGUCCAAACAACACCUAUAGGCAUAAUACUAAUUCGAAAAUGGUGCAAUUGGCUGAUCUGUUCUCUGUACCUGAGAUGUGUCUUCUGUGCAAUGUAAUUGAGUACUUUGAGGGAAAUCGGAUUGAUUAUAAUCCGGAGAUAGUGUUUCAUGACAUAAAAACGGCCAUGGGAUCGUGCCAUCCCGUCAUGCACGCAACAGUAAUGAAGGAUACGGAAAAGUAUAUCGAAAAAAAUCCGAAGCUUGUCCAAUAUUUUGAGAAGUUGCAAAACUCUGGAAAGAAAUUGUUUUUGGUGACCAACAGUCCGUUUUCUUUCGUUAACUGUGGUAUGACCUGGCUGGUGGGCGCUCAGUGGCGUGAAUUCUUUGAUGUGGUGAUAGUGCAGGCACGGAAGCCAAAAUUUUUUACAGAUGAAUCUCGGCCCAUACGCCUUUACGAUGCGAAAACUCAUUCACAUUUGUGGGAUCGCGUGUUUAAAUUAGAGAAGGGUAAAAUCUACUAUGAGGGUUCCGUGCGUCAAUUGCAAGAACUGAAGGGUUGGCGAGGUCAUUCAGUCCUUUAUUUUGGUGAUCAUCCCUAUAGCGAUUUGGCCGAUGUAACAUUAAAGCAUGGGUGGCGUACUGGUGCUAUUAUUAGUGAGUUGGCGCAUGAAAUCAAAACACUUAAUCGUGUAGAUUUUAAGAAGAGUGCCAACUGGUUACAAAUGCUCACACAGCUUAUAGAGGACACGCAGGAUAAUGAAAGCGAAGCGGCUCAGCAAUGUCUGCGUGAUUGGAUGGAGGAACGCGAUCAAUUGCGCAACAAGACAAAGAACGUAUUCAAUGAGCAGUUCGGGAGCGUUUUUCGUACGUACCAUAAUCCGACGUACUUCUCUAGGCGUCUGUUUCGCUUUGCCGACAUCUAUACCAGCGAUAUAACGAAUUUGUUGAAAUUUUCAACAUCGCAUACAUUUUACCCCCGACGAGGUGUAAUGCCACACGAAUAUGCCUCACAUUUUAUAUAGGCAACAUAUACAUGCAUACACAGGGGCUGACAAAGUAUAAUAUCGUACCAUUUCUGUAGUUUUAGAACAAAAAGUGCCAGUUUAAAGUUAAUGCUUAACUAGAGAAUUUAUAAUGUAGUUGUUGCUGUUGUUUUUGUUAGACGUUAAUCACUUGUGCAAUGUUGCUCAAUAAAGUCAUGGUAGUAGUUAA